CUGAGAAGUCUGUGUUCAGCUGGCCUUCAUGUCUACCGUGUCCUCAAAGAGAUCCAAAAUCCCAUCACGAGUGGAAGCUCUUGAUGCAGCGUCUUCUGCUGGAAGUAGACAACGUCAGAAUAAGAGAGAUGAGGCCAUUCGUAAGAAACUGGAACAGGAGCUUUCCAAGAAGAGAGGAGGCAGCGCUAGAGUUAGACAAUCUGGCAAAAAAAUUGCAGGAACUGUUUCGGCUCUUAGACCGGCCCAAGCUCUGACCGUCAAGGAGAACAUGUUGGUCAUUGAAGCAGCACAGCUCAUGGCUGCAAAGCGGAGCGAUUGCGUUCUGGUCGUCGACGAAGACGAGCACUUGAGUGGUAUUUUUACGGCGAAAGAUCUUGCUUACCGUGUUGUGGCCAACUCCUUGGAUUCCAGAGAGACCAGUGUUGCUGAUAUCAUGACCAAAGGUCCAAUGUGCGUUACCGCCGAUACAUCUGCAACUGACGCACUUAAUUUAAUGGUUUCCCGAGGUUUCCGUCAUUUGCCGGUAUGCAACGAAGAGGGAGAUAUCUUUGGCCUGCUCGAUAUUACAAAAUGCUUGUACGAAGCUUUGGAUAAAAUGGAGCGUGCUUACGGAUCGUCCAAGAAACUAUAUGAUGCACUCCAAGGUGUAGAACGAGAGUGGACCAAUGGCGGCCCUGUUCAAAUUGUUCAACAUAUGGAAAUGCUUAGAGAGAAAAUGUCUUGUCCCGACAUUGCCUCCGUCUUAGAUGGCCAGCCUCCCGUUGAAGUCAAACUCAGAGCAAACGUCAAGGAGAUUGCCCAGCUUAUGAAAGCGCACCAUACCACUGCUGUCCUUGUUAUGGACAAGCAUUCCCUCGCUGGUAUCUUCACAAGCAAGGACGUUGUUCUUCGUGUCAUUGCUGCUGGUUUGAACCCUGAACAAACAUCGGUUGUUCGAGUAAUGACCCCACACCCAGAUACCGCCACACCUGAUACCACUAUUCUAGAAGCCCUUCGAAAAAUGCAUGAUGGGCAUUAUCUCAACCUCCCAAUCCGCGAAGAAAACCAGCCUAUCAUUGGAGUGGUUGAUGUACUAAAAUUGACAUACGCUACCCUGGAACAGAUCAAUAGUAUUCAGGGCGCUGAUAACGAGGGCGGCCCCAUGUGGAACAAGUUUUGGAGUAGCUUUGGAGCAGACAGCGACUCUGCUGUUUCGGAUUCUCAUACAGCUAGUGGACGUUCAAUGGCAGCGAUGGAAUCAUCUUCGUCGCCUCUUCAAGCCUUCCCUGAAAUUACUCCAAAUGAGAGUGCCAGCAUGGUGAACAACGACGAAAUGCGAUCCACUCUGUCUUCUCAAUAUGGAAGCCAAAAUGAUGAUACCUUUGCCUUUAAAUUUUCUUUCAAUGGCAAGACCCAUCGUUUCACAGCCGCCCACAACAGUUACGAUGUACUCCAUGAGAUGAUUCUUCACAAGCUUGAGGACGAUCAUGACUCACCAAGUCAACUUGCGAUAUCGUUUGAGGAUGAUGAAAAGGACAAGGUGUUGAUUACAUCGGAUGCUGACUUACGGGACGCCGUUCAACUUGCUCGUAAACAAGGCCACGAUCGUGUUCGAUUAUAUGUCAGAGAAAAGGAUGUAAAAUCUAUCAACGUACCCAAGCCCGAUACCACCGAUGCUGAGCGAGUAGAUGUCAGCCCCCGCAAACACAACCGUGACGCGAAUAAGAAAAGCCAGACCGACCUUAUUCUUCCAGCUGCCAUUGUUGGACUCGGUAUUGUUAUCAUUGCUGCCUUUGCUGUCAGCCGUCUCAAUCAGCGUCAAUAGAUGCAACUUGUCGUUAUUUUUAUGUUAUGUUGAAACCCCCCAAAAGAAGAACCAUCCAUGUAAACUUCUUUGGUUUUCUGACAUGCCUUCUUUUCAUUUCUUUAUAAUCGAUCCAGUCCCACAUAUGCUAUGCUUCCUGUUUCAUAUCAUGUACUUAGCGAUUUACCCCCCAGUGAAUUGUAAUAAAUUUCUAUAAAUCCCAUGUUGAUCACACACUUAUUGUUCAUG